AUGAUAGGUGAAGAUGCGCAGCAGACCCGUACCCCAGCGCUUUGGCUAACACCAAAUAACUCACAACCAUGCUUUAUAUGCUCAGUAAAUAACGAUUGGAAUUAUUAUGGUCAUAUUAAAACUAGUCUUGAGUUAAAUAAAUGGUAUCACAUAGCCUACACACUUUCUGAGCCUCAAAAGCGUAUGGAACUCUAUGUAAAUGGUGAAUUGGUCGGAUACAAAGAUGUGAAAGAUAUUAUAUUCAAUGAAUUUCCUUUAAAAAUUGGAUAUUCUGGCACAUUUGCUGAUUUUCAGGGACAAAUGAGUAAUUUUCGCUAUUAUAAUAUUCACUUAUCCGAUGAUGAAAUUUUCAAAGACAAUAUAUUAUGCCAUAGCAAUGAAUUAGGCUUUAAAAGAGCUUUCUGA